CUCAUGAUUGUAUAACUGCCAACCGAGUAACAGUAACACUGGCAGGCAAAACGUUUCUACAUACAAAGACCAAGUGAAAAUUGAAACGUGUUGUUUAAGCAGAAUAUCAGACUAAUUUUUAUCUAGUUACAAAACCAAAUGAUGUCUCUGUGUCAGUUUCUGAUCUCUUUCCCUCCCUACUUUACUCUCCAUCUGUCCAUGCAUCUCAUGUUUGCAAGUUCCUACAUGUUCUAUACUUUACAGUUGUGAUUAUUUUAAUGAUCAAGAUCAAAACUUGCAAAAAUAUAGACAUUGUUGAAGAAAGCUGUUGUUAGGCUGAGUGUCUGUCGAUGGCAUUGAAGACUGAAUGUGCAGGAGAUGAAACCCCGGACAGUGACGACACAAUCUGACCUCAAGUAACACAUUAGUACUUUCAAGUGCUAAAAACUUGAGUAUUCCAACAUGUUUUGCUUUGAAAGUAAAAACAAACAAAAAAAACUGAGUCUGUCAUCAUAACAGGCUCUUUGUUCUCAGACCAUGUGGAAUCUCUGCUUCUGUUUUGUGAGUGAGCUUCCAUAUUGUUCAACUGCUUCUCAUUUCCUGUGGGCUGGAUCUCUCAUAAAUUCCACUUUGAACUACCUUUGUUGCCAUUUGUGCUUGGAAACAGCAACGAAGGAACACAUUUCGGAGAUAAUUUUGCCCUAAGAUGAGGCUGUCUCUCCUGCUCUACAUCCUCUGCCUGAUGGCUUCUACUGCCUACAGUCAGCUUCCAGGUCCUCCUGGUCCUAAAGGUGAUAGAGGAGAGCCUGGGCCUGCGGGACCACCUGGUAUAGAUGGAAGACAAGGACGAUGGGGGUUUGUUGGACCAGUUGGGCGACCUGGAAGAGCUGUUUCGUGUGGACGAGCUUGCUUCUCUCCAGAAUACUUCCGCCCUCUUGGCCGGGAUGUUGAAAGCUUAAAGAAGACUGCGGCGGAUUUAUACCUGGCCAUAAACUUUGAUUUUGUCCGGAAGGUUGGUCAGAAAUACUUUGUGUCCAACAAGGAGAGAGGCUCCUUCUCGAAGGCCGAAGACUUCUGUUCCCAACGAGGCUUAGAGCUGGCUUUACCACAGAACGAGGAGGAGAACAGCAUGCUGACUCAGUUGUAUGGUGAAGAUGAUAAAAGGGCCUGGAUCGGCAUCAACAAUAAAAAGGCAGAGGGGGAUUUUAAGUUUGACAUGAAAAAGCGACCUCUGACCUUCACCAAGUGGGGACAAGGGCAGCCAGACAGAUCCAUCCAGGAAACAGGCUGCACCAUGGUGACAGAGAACGCUGUCUGGCAAGUGACACGUGAAUGUUCUCUGUAUGCUUACAUCAUUUGUCAGUUAUAAAAGGAUGUUUUCUAACUGUAAUGGAAACUUUGUCAUGCUUUCUACGUUUGACUUGUGUUGGGCGAGAGUAUUGCAUAACUGGCCAACAUGUACAUAGCUGCAUAACGGAAUAAUGAAUGUGCAGAAAAUUUGCUUUUUUCAUACCUGAACGCAUCAAAUGAAAAAAUGAAAUUAUUAUUUUACAUAUAGGCUGCUUCAAGGACCCAGUUCACCUGAGAUUUGGGUUAGACAUGAAGUAUUUGCUUGCAAGUCCAUUAGAUUUCCAAAACAAUUACCUGCUUAAACAAUUUAAUAAAGCAAGUGUCAUAAUAAAGAUAUCGAACAGUGA